GUGAGGAUCCUGAGGAGUCUGAGGAUCCUGACGAAUGUGAGGAAAAUGAGGAAUGUGAAGAAUGUGAGGAUCCUGAGGAGUGUGCGGAGUAUGAGGAAUGUCAGGAAUAUGAAGAAUGUGAAAAUCUGUGGAGUGUGACGAAUGUGAGGAUCGUGGGAAAUGUGAGUAUCCUGAGGAAUGAAUGUGAGGAUCCUGAGGAGUCUGAGGGUCCUGAGGAAUGUGAGGAAUAUGAGGAAUGUGAGGAAUAUGGGGAAUGUGAGGAUCCUGAGGAGUGUGAGGAAUGUGAGGAUCGUGGCAAAUCUGAAGAAUGUGAGGAUCCUGGGAAACGCGAGGAUGCUGACAAAUAUGGGGGUCCUGACAAAUGUGAGGACCCUGAGGAGUGUGGGUAA